AUGUCGCGGUCGCGCGUCGAGCUUCCCUCGGAGGUCGAGGACUCGCUGAAGCUCUUCAACACGGUGGUCAAGUGGACUCAGGUCGCCUACAUCAUCGCCUUCAUCUCUCUGGCGCUGUCGGUCAUCUUUGGCAUCUUCGCCAACUGCACGCGCGUCAUGUCUUGCGUCACCUUCCUCGUCGCGCAGGUGGCCUCGAUCUCCGUCGUCGCCUCGGCUGCCCUCUCCACCGCCAUGUCCGCCAUUGUCGUCGGCGCCAUCAAGGGCACGGGCAAGUGGUACGGCGUCGGUGCCAGCUUCGACACGACGUUCCUUGCGCUCGUCUGGAUCUCGGCGGCGUGCGCUCUUGGUGCCGGUUUCUUCUGGAUGUUCACCAUCUGCUGCUGCGCACCCAGCCACAACUCGCGCGAUCGCAAGAGCCGCAACCGUGGCUCGACCGACGCCGAGAAGCUCCUGCCCGGUGGCAACUCGUAUCAGCCCCUCGCCUCGCCCGCGAACCAGGGCUUCUACAAUCCCCAGCAGCCGACCUCAUUUGGCGCCCCUCACGCUACUCGGGAGACGGCUUACGAGCCCUACUCGCAUCGUCAGUAA